ACAUGCAUGGAAUGGAAUGCAAAUGCAUAGGCACAAUAACAUCAUAAAUUUUUGGUUUUGUGAAAUUCGGACUCCCUCAUCUGUACCUUUCCGCCUCCCUCUUCCCACCCUCCACCCUCUCUCUGGAAAAAAAAAAAAAAAAGUUGCUCGCUCGUAGCUACUCUCUCGCGAUAUUUUUUGUCUCUCUCUCGAUCUCCACGAUCUGGCCUUUUUUUCAAUCGAAAAUUAGGGUUUCCUUUUCUCUCUAUCAACUCCAUAUCGAGUCUCGUGCUUAACCUAGAUUUUACUGGUUCCUUAUCUUUUGGGGUUACAGAUCUACAGCGGCUCCUUUAGCUUUUUACGUCUGUUAAUUUUCUUUCCACUCGUUUAAACAUGUUUUGGAAGCUCACCGCUCUCUCCACCUCCUCUCCUGUGGAGUCAUUAUUAGACAAAGAUAAUUUCACGUUGGAAGAGCUUCUUGACGAGGAAGAAAUAAUCCAAGAAUGCAAAGCUUUGAACACCCGACUUAUCAAUUUUCUGCGAGAUAGAGCCCAAGUGGAGCAGUUGCUCAGAUACAUUAUCGAGGAACCUUCAGAGGAUGCUGAAAGCAAACUAGCCUUCAAGUUCCCCUUCAUUGCUUGUGAGAUAUUUACAUGUGAAAUUGAUGUUAUUCUUAAAACUUUAGUGGAGGAAGAGGAGUUGAUGAACUUACUCUUCUCUUUCUUGGAACCAAAUCGGUCUCAUAGUGCCUUGCUUGCUGGGUAUUUCAGCAAAGUUGUUGUUUGCCUCAUGUUACGCAAGACAGUCCCACUUAUGAACUAUGUCCAAGCCCAUCAGGAUGUUUUCCGCCAACUUGUUGAUUUAAUUGGAAUAACAUCCAUUAUGGAGGUUUUGGUUAGGCUGGUAGGAGCUGAUGACCAUGUUUAUCCUAAUUUUACUGAUGUGAUGCAAUGGUUGGCUGAUAGCAAUUUGCUAGAAAUGAUUGUGGACAAAUUGAGUCCUUCUAAUCCACCUGAAGUUAAUGCUAAUGCAGCAGAAACAUUAUGUGCAAUAACUAGAAAUGCUCCAUCGGCCUUGGCUACUAAACUCUCUAGUCCAAGUUUUGUGGCAAGGAUAUUUGGUCAUGCAUUGGAAGAUUCACAUUCAAAAUCUGGUCUUGUCAAUUCACUUUCUGUUUGUAUAUCCUUACUGGAUCCAAAAAGAUCAGCAAUGUCUUCUCCCUUGAUGCAUUCUUUUCGAAGCCACCAUAUGUACGAGUCUCCAAUCCCUGUAAAUCCAGAGACUAUCAGUGCAAUGUUACCCAAACUUGGUAACUUGCUUCUGCUAUUGAAUGUCCGGUCUGAUGAGAGGAUUUUACCUACAACAUAUGGAGUACUGAAGCCUCCUCUUGGGAAACAUUGUCUUAAGAUUGUGGAAUUCAUUGCGGUGCUACUAAGAGCUGGAAACGAAGCCACUGAGAUGGAGUUAGUCAGCUCGGGAACCAUCAAAAGAAUUCUUAAUCUGUUCUUCGAGUACCCUUACAAUAACGCUUUGCAUCAUCAUGUAGAGAGUAUCAUAAUGUCUUGUUUGGAGAUCAAGAGUGAUGCUAUGGUUGAUCAUCUUCUUCAAGAGUGUGAUUUGAUUGGAAAAUUUCUCCAAACAGAUAAAAACCCUUUAAUAUCCGGUGAUAAUAAGCCAACGGUUCCUGCUGCUGGAAAACAAGCACCACGUGCAGGAAACCUCGGACACAUUACACGAAUUUCUAAUAAGCUUUUUCAGCUGGGAAACAUCAGUAGCCGCAUUCAGACCUAUCUACAGGAAAAUAGUGAGUGGAUGGAGUGGCAAGCCACUGUUUUGCAAGAGCGUAAUGCAGUUGAAAAUGUCUACCGAUGGGCUUGCGGCCGCCCAACAGCAUUGCAAGAUAGGACGCGUGACAGUGACGACGAUGACCUUCAUGACCGAGAUUAUGAUGUGGCAGCUCUAGCCAAUAAUUUAAGUCAGGCUUUUAGAUACAAAAUAUAUGGGAACGAGGAUAAUGAAGAGGACAAUGGGAGCCUUGAUCGGGAUGAUGAGGAUGUCUACUUUGAUGACGAGUCUGCCGAAGUUGUUAUAUCAUCCCUUAGGCUUGGCGAUGACCAAGGGAGCAGUCUGUUCACAAAUUCAAACUGGUUUGCAUUCCAAGAUGAUAGAAUUGGCGAUUCACUUGUGAGCACAUCGCCUGGAGAGAUGAUGGAUCAGAUUAACUUAAAUGGAAAUGCUAAUGGCGGUAACAGCGGUAGUGAUGAUGAGGUGGUGGUGGGAGAGGAAGAUGAGUUGACCGAAAGCAAGGAUUCUGUCAAUGGCACAUCCACUUCCAACACAAACCUCAUCGAUCAAUUUCCUGGGAGUGGUCUGGUUUCGCAAAGCGGUGAUGCAAAUGCCCCUGAUACAAGCUUUUUCAAAUAUGAGACAUCAGUCAAAGAAGAAUUGUUUGGAGAUAGGCCUUUACCUGAAUGGGUAGGGUGGGGAGAGUCAUCAGAUUUGCAAGCAGGGGGGUCAACUGUGAAUCCAUUUGAAGAUCAUGACAACUCUGAUGACUCUCUUUCCAGCCAAGCGAAAACAGUAACACCUGGUGCCAGUUCCCCAUCAAGUGGGGAAUCCAUACUUCCAAAUGGCUUAUCUCCCUCCAAGGAUUCUAGUGAUGCAUCCGUUAGCAGUGAUUCAAGUAAAAAAUCUCCCACCAUGCCUUCUUUGUUUGAAGAGGAUGUUGAAUUUGUUGGUGUUGAGUUAGAAGGCACUGAAAAGGCAAUGGAACAAGCGCUCAAGGAGGGGAUAGUUGGUGAAGCAGGGCCUCUGAAGAGGAAUAUUUCACCGAAGGUUCCAGAGAAGGAGAAUUCCGAUACUGCCGAGGUUGAUAAUAAAGAGUUCAAUGAUGCAAACUAUUGGAGGAUUGAUCAAUAGGGUUGCUGUCGUGGAAAGAUGAUGAUCGAUCCUGUUGAGGUUUUCUGAACCUGAAAACUUGGAUCCUAAAGCCACAGACCCCAUUUUUGGAUGGCAAGGUGCAGCAGAUAUAUGUACAGUAUUUUUGUUUCCAAAUGGGGAUUGGAUGGUAGGUCGUGUUAUAUGGUUUUACUGCUUGUUUAGUUGUCAUUAUUGUUAGCUACCUACUCUAAUUGUUUAUUAUUCAAUGUCUUUCUCGUUUCUUCCUGUUACUGACUUGUAGGGUUUUCCUCAUCCAUCAAAAUUUAUGUUUUACUCUGGCUAAA